AACUUUGCACAACACACAUGAUUUUCAGAGCCCAAAACUCAAUCUUCUCACCUGCAAAACAAUUUUCAUCCCAAACCCUUCUUAAACCCUCCUCAAAAUGGCUUUACCAAAGCCGAUUCAUCACCAAAGUUCGUCUGAAAUGGGUCAAGAACCGUGGCUUAGACCACAUUAUAGAUAUCGAUACCGAUUUAAAGGCCGCUUGUCUCUUAAAAGACGCGAUUAAGCGCUCUUCUACUGGGUUUCUCACUGCAAAAUCUGUCUCUGAAUGGCAAAAGCUUCUCGGUCUCACUGUUCCCGUUGUUCGCUUUUUGCGCAGGUAUCCGACUCUUUUUGAGGAAUUCCCCCAUAGCCGAUAUGCAAAUUUGCCUUGUUUUCGACUGACAGAUACUGCACAAUUGUUGGACUCACAAGAGCAAAGUAUACACCAAACUUAUGAGAAAGAUACUAUGGAGAGGCUUUGUAGAAUGCUGAUGAUGAUGAAGAGUAGGACAAUGCCGCUCCAAUCGUUACAUUCUUUGAAAUGGGAUCUUGGUUUGCCAGAUAAUUUUGAGAAAAUAUUGAUUCCAAAAUACCCAGAUGAUUUUCUAUUUGUUAAGACCUCAAAUGGACUUGCUGGUUUGCGACUUGCACAAUGGCAUGAAGAGUUUGCAAUUUCUGCAUUGCAGAAACGUAAUGAAAGUAAGGAGACUGGUAACGAGUAUAGGCAACUCAAAAGAGGGCAAACAGCAUUGGCAUUUCCAAUGAAUUUCCCAAGGGGAUAUGGAGCGCAGAAGAAGGUGAGAGCAUGGAUGGAGGAGUUCCAGAAGCUGCCAUAUAUUUCGCCUUACGAGGAUGCCAGGCUGAUUGACCCAAAUAGUGAUCUUAUGGAGAAACGAGCUGUUGGAGUUUUGCAUGAGAUAUUAAGCUUGACAAUUCACAAGAAGACUAAGAGGAACUACUUGAGAAGCCUGAGAGAGGAACUGAGUCUUCCGCAAAAGUUUACUCGAUUAUUUACCAGGUAUCCAGGGAUCUUCUACCUCUCACUGAAGUGUAAGACGACUACUGUGGCUCUCAAGGAAGGGUACCAGCGAGGAAGUGUAGUAGACCCGCAUCCCCUUGUUCGUAUUAGAAAGAAAUUUUAUCAUGUAAUGAAAACCGGGCUUCUAUAUCGAUCUAAAGGUGUGAAUAUUUUACCUCAAGAAGACAUUUUGCUUGAUGAUAAUGUGGAGAGUGAAACAGAACAAGAAGAGACUGAGGAGGAAGAGAUCGGAUCUGGUGAUGAUUGCUAUGAGGAAACCUCAGAAUUGGAGGAUGAGUCCGAUGAGGAGCCAUGAUCAUCUUACAUUAACACACUAUAUUUUGUAACUUAAACCAGAUAAAGAUGAUGAUCAGGACUUCAGGUUAGUACUUCUCUUUAGGAGAAUGUACAAGAAUUUAGAAGAGAAAGUAAAGAAAUGAUGAGCCAGAAAUAUAAAUGGAGAAGCAGAUACUCGAGUCAGCUAUUCUUUCGCUUGUUUUUAUCUUCACUAUGUGGAAGAAUGCAUUCCAGAUUUACCAGCAUCCAUAAAUUCUUACUCAAAUCAGAUUGGAGAAGCGGAACAUUUUUCUUUGCAGCUUUGCUUUCUCAAAAUGGAAAUGCAGGUCAAAUUGCCAGUAGAAUUUUCUCGGAUACUUGAUUUAAGCUGUUGAAAUCUUAGAUUGCAGAGUAGAGCUUCUACCAUUAUUGAUUUAAUUGAAUGUUAAAAGUUGUUUAGAAGAAGAUUAUGUGUAACUGAUAGCAUUAGGUAUAUUUUACUUUUUGAAUUUUGAGGAGCUUUUGGCCAAAAGAAGAUAAUGAAUUUCUAAAGCAUGGCUUUGCAACAAGCUUCCUUUUCUGGUUUGCAUGCCAACUUCAUCUAAUUCAAAUU